AUGCAUCGUGGAAGCGUGGUUUCCAGCUCAUCCGAUACCUCGGGUGCGCGGGAUUUCGAUGCGGCACUCCGAAUCUUGACCCAGAAGCAGAAUUUAGGGCAUGCUAUCGAGGAGGCGGAACAAGUUGCGAAGUCGGUUCAGUGGUACACUCCGGAACAAGCUAUUGCUCUAUGGGAAGCAGGAGCAUAUCUGCUUCAGAAUGAGAGCUCCCCAGAGGCUCGACGCAGUGGUUCGCUGCUGCUCGAAGCUGUCGCGGCACGACAAGAUCUGUCCCCAGCAGCCCGGCGCACGAUCUUCGAGUCAAUAUCAAGUCCUUCAGAAAGCGAUGUCACACCAGCCCGUGUUCAAGCUUUGAUAACGCUAUCAGACCAUGGCAGGAAACUGGAAUUCGCCGCCUCUUCUGUCUUUCCCGUGAUAUCUGCCUGCCUUGUUCCACUUUAUGAGGUUAUCUCUUCCGUUCGGAUGAAAGCAAGGAAGGUGAAGCCGGGAAAGACAAAUGGACACGCCUUCGACGAUGCCGUUCUGGAUGACGUUCUGCAGUUUGUGAUCGAUCUUAUCACUCUUCAGCGGAAGCCCCCUACCGGUGAAGAAGUACAAGCACUGUUAGAACAACUUUUCAUCAUUUGCAAAAAGACAAGCGUUGCUGCAGAUAUCAAGAACUCACUCAGCGUAUUCGAUGCGGUCAUUCUUUACGCAGACGUGCCCGAUGGAAGCUUCAUUCCUCUGCUUGAAGUUUUGUGCAGCAUUCACGCCUCUGUUAAACCUCUGUCAGGUCCGACGUCAAGAGUUGUUCGAAGUUUGGCAAAGUCAAAGAAAAAGGUUGAUAUGGUCAACGAGCUAUAUAUAUUCCUGACAGAAUGUUCUGAAGAAAAGAAUCGGAACCUCAACGUUGUGCGGGGAACUGUGUAUGUGUUGACGGACAUAAUUCGUGCACACGGCCAGGACGGGAUUCCAGAACUACAGUUCGAACAUUUAAUUGACUGCUUGAGGAGCGCCACGGUGAAGGAUGAUGGCCGGCUGGAGGCAGACAUCCUGGAUUUAUGUUUGAAUAUCUUGGAGGGAGACUUUGUCCAAGUGGCUCUGGAAAAGGACUGGGGCGCGUUCGUCGACCUGAUGAAUGCGUGUUCGGCCAGGGCUGUCGAUGAACCUGAGCAACCAUGCCCAACACUCUCUGACUCUCAACAAAUCACUCCUAAAGGCAGCGUUGUUGAUGAUUCCAAAUCCAGUAUUCUUGCCAACACCAUCCAGAUAGCAUCUGUCCUUGAAUCUCUUUGGGAUCGUUUGAAUAAACAGCAACGGUUAGACUCGACACGUUUCCUCAUGAACGCCUGUCGCUUUAUCGAGCCUCCACAGGCUGAGCUCGUUCUCGAGACCAUGCGGGAGGAGCGGUUCUGCUCUCCUGGGCAUGAGAAUUGGCUACAGCAUUCCCAGAGAUUGAUUCGCUGCUUCAUUCGCUCACGCACCAAGUCCUCCGAGGUUCGAGUCACCGCGCUAGAGACACUGAAGGAAUCUUUUGACAGUCCCGAGUCACUUGGCUACUUCGAAGAGAAAGGCCUACUCAAGAUCAUGCUGGAGAAAUUCAAUGAGGAGGAUGACAUAAUGCUGCUUGAAUCACUGCUCGCUUUUCUGGUUGCCAUUUCCAUCACAAUCAACAACCAAGAAUCAUUUGAUCAGCUAAUCCAAGUCCUCAGCUCUCCCAUGAGUAAGGACCUGGAGAAGGAAAGUCUCGCGGCUUCGGAGCCAACCGCGCUAUCUCCAGACCGUCAAUCGUUCACUAGUGUAUUAGAGUCGUCUCUAGCUAAUGUUUGUGCGGCUGGACUUGUGAAAAUCUUUUUGCGAACGCUUAACAUGUCGGCAAACAAGGCUACCACAGUGUUUGAGGCCUUGCUGAAGAUAGCGCAGUCUCCUGAAUGGCCAGUAGAUUCGCGUCUAACAUCUCUCAAACUACUCUACAGAUUGCGAUGCGAUGCCGCCGGGUCUAUUACUGUUGUCUCGACUCCUGAAGAUGAUUUCAUGAUGCACGUGUCUGGUAGAAGCUUUGACGCUGGCUCCAAGCCCCAUGAAGAUUUCACUGGUGACCAGAGUGCCGACAACGACCAAGGGCGAACCAUUUCAGCUGGUCGACACCUGCCACGAGAGCCCUCAGGUAGUCUUCUCUCCAGGUCAGCCAGACAGAACUCCGUUGCUCCCCUUCGAUCCUCCAAGCCGACGCCCCCGUCCUGGACAUUUUGCGCACCCCAAGUUCUCCCAGAGGAACCUCCGGUUGAGGCUAGCCCUUAUGUCUAUGCUUACGCGACCGCCAAUGCAUCCAGUCCGGUCGAAUCAGACCCGACACAGAAGGUAGCUUUGAAGGCGAACAUGUGGUUGGAGACGGUCAUAUCACUCUUGCAGCGCGAAACAAAUUGGGAUAUCUACAGCUAUGUGCUGACCCACUUGGCAGCUCAGUUACAGAACAAGGAUCUGUUCAGCAACGCUGUACCUCAGAUCAAGCUGCUGCGCAGUGUCUUAUGUGAUCAGGUCAAGAACGAUAGUUUUCGUGAACCGCCACCGUCCACUGGCACUAAGAAGACUGAUGUUGCCGGGUACAUAUUCGAGUUUCUAUGCGCUUUGAUCAGUUAUCACGAGCACUUUGCCAAGAGCGAAGAAGACGAGCUUGUGCGCGCCUUCAUGAUGGGUAUCAUCGGAUCUUGGGGUGGCACUUCUCGUGGUUGUAUCCAUGCCCUAUCUGUCUGUUGCCAUGAAAUCCCUUUAUCGGUGACAAAGUCAUUGAACGGAAUCCUCGACAAAAUGUCCAAAGUCAUUACGAUGUCUAAUCUCGCCGUCCAUAUUCUGGAGUUCCUGGCCCUUCUCGCCCGCCUACCUGAGGUCUAUGUCAACUUGCGUGACGAAGAAAUCCGCACGGUCUUUGGUAUAUGUAUUCGAUUCCUGCAAACUUCUAGAGAGAGUCGUUUUAAGACAGACUCACCUACCCGAGUCACCCCUGGCGCUGUUAGACUUGGAAGCACCGGGUCUUUGAAUUCUCUCCCGGAGUCGUCAGAGGAUGGGAUGUCCAAGUACAUCUACACAUUGACAUAUCAUGUCAUGGUGUUCUGGUUUCUGUCUCUCAAGCUGCAAGACCGAGCGAAACAUGUCAACUGGAUCACCAGCAGACUCAUAUUCAAGGAUGAGCAUGGGAAGGAAACGGUUGAAGAACAAAGUCAAGUAUUUAUCGAUUUGAUGCAGAGAGCCGCUUUUUCAGAUCUCGGCGAUACCAUCCCGUACCCGACAUUCCCACCCUCUCCUGAAGAUGGUCCCGCGUCGAAAAAGUCCUGGAUUGUCGGCAUGAGUAUCGUGACUGUUGAGACAGCCGGGGUCUCUGGCCUGACCCAGGUGACCAAGAGGCAGGCAUCAGGUACCACGUACGCGAUGUAUCAGCAACGCACCGCACCUGUCCUAGCUCACCAAGUCUCCGCGGCUCCUGAUGCCCAUCUGCAUUCUGACGCCAUGCGAACUGCCGUUCUACCUAGUCAUGUAAUGCUGCAGCUGACCACCACGGCCUUCCCGACACCUACCGUUAUGCAGCCCAUCCUCUUGCCCGAUGAUGACAUGACCCGGCGGGCCCUCAGCAGUUUUGACCGCAAUGACAUUGUGGAUGGGCACAAGGUUGGCGUGCUGUAUGUUGAGAAUGGCCAAACCACGGAGGCUGAGAUUCUGUCCAACACUGGUGGUAGCGCCGACUAUGAGUAUUUCCUGUCGAAGCUUGGAACCAAGGUUCCUCUCCAGGGUGCCCGCUUCAAUACUCAGGGCUUACAUGCUGAUUCCGAUGGUGAUUCCACCUAUGCCUGGAGGGAUCGGGUGACUGAAAUUGUGUUCCACGUUGCGACAAUGAUGCCCACAAACUUCGAUCACGAUCCGGCCUGCAUCAACAAGAAGCGUCACCUUGGCAACGACUUUGUCAAUAUCGUAUUCAAUCGGUCGAAUACGCCUUUCAACUUCAACACGGUGCCAUCGCAAUUCAAUUUUGUGAACAUCGUCAUCAAUCCCAUCUGCCGGGUCACAGAAGAGGCGGGAGUAUCGGACCUGAAGGGAUGCAAUUUCGACAAUCUAUUCUACCAGGUGAAAGUCAUGAGCAAACCCGGGUUCCCGGAGAUUUCGCCUGCCGCCGUGCCCAAGGUCAUCUCCGGGAAGAACCUUGGGGCAUUUGUGCGGAUCCUUGCCCUGAACGCCUCGGUGCUCUCCCUCGUCUGGAACAGCCAAGGUGGCGAGCACGUCUCAUCCUGGCGCAACCGGCUGCGCGAGAUCAAGAGACUCCGCGAGCGCACCCUCGGCGCCCAGGCGCAGAACCCGGAGACCACCGAAGCCACCUAUCCGGGCCAGCGACGCAACACGAAGGCCAACAUCUUCUCCGAGGAACUCCCGACCCGCGCCGCUUCGGUUAAGAGUGACUUCUCCAUGGACUGGAACGCAGCAGCGGAUGCGAACAUCCUUCAGAACCUGGACUUUUCCCGCUGGGGACGCUGA